GGGAUUCACUUCCGGGUCACUGAAUAGAGCUUGACUACAAAUUUGCAUUGACUGACUACAGCCAAUCAGGCGACAUCUGACGAGACAACCCUUUCUAUGAUAGGGCGGUUACAUUUGUUUUUUUGGGGGGAGAUUGCUGGCUUUUCUCACUCCUGUUUCAGCCGUGUUGCUCUCCUUUUUGCAAGCACUGAGCACAUUCCCAGCCUCCCUCCCCCGAUGCAGGAAAUUGCCUGAGAAAAGGGAACUUUGAUAUUCAUUGCUCUGUUUGCUGUCAGCGAUGGCGUCCUCAGACCUGAGAGAGGAGCUGGAUUGUUCCAUCUGCCUGAACAUGUAUACGGAUCCCGUCAUGUUGAAAUGCGGACACAACUUCUGCCAGGACUGCAUUGACCGCGUGUUUAAUUCCCAAGAGGGGUCCGGAGAUUAUUUCUGCCCUCAGUGCCGGAAAGAGUUCCAGGAGAGACCUUCACCGCACAGAAAUAUCACUCUGCGGAACAUCACAGAGCGUUUCCUGUCUUCUCCACCACCAGAUCCAGAGAAGUCCGGGAUCUUCUGCACUUACUGUAUUCACUCCUCUGUACCCGCUGUGAAGUCCUGUCUACUUUGUGAGGCUUCUCUAUGUGAUGACCAUCUGAGAGUCCACAGCAAGUCACCAGAACACGUCAUAUGUGUCCCCACCAGCACCCCGGAGAACAGGAAGUGCCCCGUCCAUAAGAAGAUCCUGGAGUUAUACUGCACCGAGGACUCUACUUGUAUUUGUAUCUCCUGCAGUUUAACUGGAGAACAUCGAGGACACCAGGUGGAGACCCUACAAGAGGCCUCUAUAAAGAAGAAGAAGAAACUGAUCAAUAAUCUUCAGAAACUGAUUACUAAGAGAGGGAAGAAAGAAGACAGAGUCCGGAGGCUCCAGAAAUAUCUGGGAAAAGUACAAGGAAAAGUGAAUGGAGAAACAGAGAGAGUCACUGGCCUGUUCAGAGAGCUCAGGAAACGUCUGGAAGACCUGGAGGAGAAAGUCCUGAGUGAGAUCUCCAGGCAGGCAGAGCGGAUCGUACCCCCAAUCAAUGAUCUGAUUCAGCAGUUGGAAUUAAAGAUGGAGGAUCUGUCCCGGAAAAUACGUCACUUUGAGGAGCUGUGCGCCAUGAUGGAUCCAUUGACCGUCCUUCAGGAACCAGACUCAGGUGACUUGGGUGAUACCGAGGAUGGAGAUGACGAGGACAAAGAGAAACAUCACAAACUCUGCCGUGAGGGAGGGGCUCUGGAUGGGAUCUCGCAUGUACUCCACUCUGGUUUCCCGGAUGUAAUAAGUGGCGUAAUUGAGGGGAUCUUUAUACCGAAAGCUGUAAACAUGUUAUUGGAUAAGGACACGGCUCAUAAUUUUGUAUUUAUCUCCGAUGAUAAGAAGUCCGCAUCCAAGUCGACAAAAAAUCAGAAUCGGCCAGAUACACAGGAGAGAUUUGUGGAUUUUUAUCAAGUUUUAGGCAACCAGAGCUUCUCCUCGGGGAGACAUUAUUGGGAGGUGGAUGUCCGUCAUUGCAAUAACUGGAUCAUCGGGAUGUGUUAUGGCUGUAUCUACAGGGACAAGAAUGACUCCAUUAUUGGAAGGAAUGACGUGUCCUGGGGUUUGGACAGGAAGGGUGAAAAGUAUAUAGCAUCGCAUGACGAUAAUGGGACCGAAAUUUCUGUUGAUGUUCCAGUGAAAAGAGUCCAGGUAUACCUGGAUUAUGAGGCCGGGCAGAUCUCCUUCUAUAUGUGUGACCCCCUCUGCCACCUCCACACCUUCACCACCACCUUCACCGAGCCCCUCUAUGCUGUGUUGGGUGUUUGCACUUCACGUAUAACAUUGGUUUGAAGGAAGAUGUGAUAAAUGCUUAGACACUGAAUGGGAGAAUAUUGCAAAAUGUUGUCCCAGAUCCCAGUGAUUGGCUGUAACCAUCAUCCUAUACCCUGGGGCCACCAACCCAUAUAGCUCUGCCCAAUGACUUUGCACUUUUGCUCCCAUCAAACCCAUAAGUAUAGUAAUCCAAUUUUGUGUGGAUCCUGCUUGGCUAAAUCCCUCUCUGGUAGUUUUCUCAUUGACCCCCCAGCACUGAGUUCCCAGCUCCGCCCACCCCCUGCAGAUAUAAGAAGGAAGAUCCAUUGUCUUUUAAUUUAUAUUAAGGAGUUUACAACAGGAGGAGUGAGACUGUCACCAUUUGCUGUAAAUGUAUCACUAGUAUAAAGUGUUUCUGUUAUGCAUUUUUAUCAUAAAGAGUUUUCUCCUCUAAUGUUUUACUAUUACAAUGUAUCAAUACUUAAAUCUAUCAGUAAUACAGUGGAACCUUGGAUUUCGAACAUAAUCCGUUCCAGGAGUAUGCUCGUAAUCCAAAGCACUCGCAUUU